GAUCUUAUCCGAGAAAACAGGUGUAUUGUAUCAUUAGACUAACGACCUACCCAUCAAUCAGAAGUUACCGCGGGAAGGAACGAAAGCGGACCCCCUCUAUAUAAGCGCGCCAAAACCGGGACUUUAUGCAGACGGCCAAAGAACUUGGAAAGAAAGAACUGCAGAACACAAUGUCUUCCUCCAUCAUAUUCCUUUGCUGCUUGUUGGGUGUAGCAGUAGCGACCCCCGGGUAUUACGGCGGCGGAUGGGGCGGCUACAACGAUUGGGACGAUGAUGACUACUACAGAGGAGGAUACAUCGGAAUCCAGGGACCUUACGGCGGAAGUGGGGUCAUCGGAGGAUACGGAUACGGAAGUCCCGGAUACGGAAGAGGAGCAAUCGGCGGUGCGUACUACAACCCUUACUCCGGCCGUGGAGGAAUUGGCGGUGUAAGAUAUGGAUACGGAAGUGCUGGAUAUCCAAUGGGAGGUAACAUUGGAGGAUAUGGCGGUGGAUACACUCCCGGAUAUGGCGGCGGAUACGGAGGAUAUGGUAGAGGGCUUGGCGGAGGAUACGGCGGUGGAAUUGGAGGAUAUGCUAGAUAUGGCGGAUAUGGACCUUCCUAUGGAUAUUCCGGAUUUAGAGGAGGAGCCGUGGGGCCACGUGGCGGUUCUAUCUAUGCUGGCGGUAUCCGAGGGGGAUUCAGUGGUUACCCCAGUUACAGACCAAGCUACAAAGGAAAGAAGAACGUCUACUAAAUAUUCAACAAGUUUACACAGGACUCACAGAUUUAUUUAUUAAUAUUUAUAUGAUUUCCACUGAAAUAAAUUUUAAAGUAAACAUGUU